AUGUCUAUGAGCAACAGUCUCUUUGGGAACGACACCAGCAGCUACGCUGGAUCAAUCCAGUCCAAUGGUUACUCCACUAUGGAUGAGGUAUCAUCCCAGAUAUCAAAUCUGUCGAGGCCCAGUGCAAAGUCAAUUUACUUGCAAAGGAGGGAGUAUGCAGUAUCAGUAAACAAGAUGAUGGACAAAAUGCAGUACAGAGUGGAGCACUUGUUCACUUGUGAACUGAAUGGGAAGGAGCUGAGAAACGUAGCGGACUGUGUGGAGCGACUGAAGCUGCUGGAUGGGAUGGGUCGUGUGUGGGGUCAGAACAUGGUGCUGGAGAUGCGUGGUGCCAACCUGCUGCUCACAGAUGUUGAAACCAAGGAGGAGCUGGAGUCUAUGGCUCUCAGUGACAUCCUGGAGCUAAAGGCUGUGCUGGACGCUGGAGUCUUUAAAUCCCUGCUCAUUGUGUCGGUCCAGCCCGGGGGGAAACACACCACCACUGUCUUUAUGUUUCAGUGUGAGGAAGUCAGGGCUGACCAUGUUCAAAGGGUUCUCUCAGGAGCUUUGUCACACAGGAGGGAUGCUUCAAGGAACAGCAGAAAUGCAGGACUAACUGCGGGGAAUCAGGAAAUGAAAAACCUUCGUAAAGCCCCAGAAUCUCACGAACCUGAAGGACAGAAGCCUGCAGAUGACUCAGCGCCCCAGUGGAUGGCUCCUGACUAUGAGGAGGAUGACAUUUCUGAGCAUGAACUGGUUGAACAUAAAGAGGAAGAGGAGGAGGAGGAGGCCCCACCUCCCAGAGAAGAGGCACCAUCACCGCAGCCAUCCACCACUGAAGAAGAGCCUCCUCCUCGCCCAUACACAGAGCUGGACAGGAAUGUAGAUAUCUUGAAUCAUAUUUUAAGUGACUUAGAAAUCUUCAUGGGAAAAAUAGCCGCAGUUGUGGCUAAAAAUGCAAAGAAAAAGAAGAAAAAGAAGAAAGGAAAAGUCAUGGACGGCAUGCCCCCUGCAGCAGAAUUUGAAGUGUGUCUCCACAAGAUCAAAUGUGGUUUCAACCUUUUAGGGGAGCUCAGUGGAAUGAUUAAUAACCCCAGCGCCCCUGAGUUGGUUCACUCCUUAUUCUCAACAUUAGCAUUCGUGGUCUCUCACUGCCCUGAGGAUCUGCCAGAGACCAUUGUGGCGCCGCUGUUGACACCCCAGUGUAUCCUCCUCCUGAGUGAAGAAGCCUCCACAGAGGAGGACCAGCUGUGGCAGUCUCUCGGAGACCCCUGGAACAUCCCCAGCACCAAAUGGCCAGAAGACGACGAAGACAUCCCAACGUACACUCUGGAGUUCUUUGAUGGCUGGCAGCCUCCUGAGGUGACUACAGCACCUGAACCCAGUGAACCCAUGAGAAGAGAGGCAUCCGGUGAGACUUCGGCUAAGUGGACACCACCAACUCAUUCUCCACAAAAAACCCGCUCCGGUGGGUCUAAACCACGUCACAUGCGUGUUAUGUAUGACUUCAUCUCACGGAACCACAGAGAGCUCACUGUCAGAAAAGGAGAAAUAGUUGAGCUGCUGGAUAAGUCAAAGCAGUGGUGGAAAGUGAGGAAUAGCGGAGGAGAGGAGGGCUUUGUACCCAAUAAUGUCCUGGAAGCCGCCGAUGAAAAACCUACCGAACAAACAGAGGGUUCUCCUGUCCUCACAAAGAGGUCCAAGCCUGCAGAAGUGAAAGCGUGGCUUGAAGACAAAGGCUUCAGUAAAAUCACUGUACGGUGUCUGGGCGUACUGAGUGGCUCCAUGCUGCUGGGGAUGACGAGAGAGGAGCUGAAGUCAGUGUGUCCAGAGGAAGGGGGGAGAGUCUUCUUCCAGUUACAAGCGGUCAAAUCGGCCAUGGCUGUAAGUGACUCACCACAGCGCAACUUCACUAGUUUCCACGGAUGAAUGAUGGUGUAAACGGACAUCCCUCUGACUGAUUUUUGUGUUAAACCGCAGGCUGCCAUUUAAGAAAGACAGACAAGAAAUCAUC